AUGUAUUUGAAAGAGGGAUGCUCUUUAUUGCUCAAAGUUCAGAAGCCUUCAAUCCCUUUAGUCUUGAAUACUAGUAUUAACUCCCCAGUACUCAAUGCCAUUCAAAAGAGUGAUAAAAAUAGCAAAAAAGACUCGGUCUUUAUUAAAGAAUAUGAAGUUUUGAAGAGAUUGAAGAAUGAAUGUGAUGUAACUUCUGCACUGGAGUACUUCAAGUAUGUGGCAAAUGUGGGAUAUUUUAAGCACACCCCUUUAACUUACCGAAUGAUGAUUGAAAAACUGGGGAAGAAUCAGGACAUGGAUGCCGUUCAGUACCUUUUGCAACAAAUGAAGCUAGAAGGCAUUCCUUGUUCUGAGGACAUAUUCAUUAGUGUUAUUAAGUCUUACAGGCAAUGCGGGGCAGCCGAGCAAGCCCUUAGAACGUUUUAUAGGAUACAAGAUUUUGGUUGUAAAGUUACAGUGAAGAUUUAUAACCAUUUGUUAGAUGCAUUGCUUUGUGAGAGUAGGUUUCAUAUGUUAAACCCUAUUUAUGAUAAUAUGAAGAAGGAUGGCUUGGAGCCAAAUGUUUAUACUUACAAUAUUCUUUUGAAGGCGUUGUGUAAGAAUAAUAGGUUGGAUGGUGCUCAUAAAUUGCUGGUUGAGAUGUCGAACAAGGGAUGCUCCCCGGAUGUGGUGAGCUACACCACGAUAGUGUCAUCUAUGUGCAAGAAUGGUAAUGUUAAAGAAGCAAGAAAACUUGCUUUAGGUUUCAGGCCAAGUGUGCCUAUAUAUAAUUCUCUCAUAAAUGGAUUCUGUAGUGAUGGAGAUCUUAAUAUGGCGUUUGAGUUGAUUGAUGAAAUGAUCAGUAACGGACUUAGCCCUAAUGUUGUCACAUAUACGACAAUUCUGAAUGCGCUUGCUCAUUCUGAAGACGUUAGGAUCUGUUUUGCUAUUUUGGCAAAAAUGUUUACUAGUGGAGUAAGUCCUAAUAUUCAGACAUUUACUUGCUUGAUUGGAGGACUUUCUUUGGAAGGAAAAUUUAUUGAAGCCUUUGAUGUAUGGGACAGGAUGAUCAGGGAGGGCAUUUUGCCUAAUGUUAUCACAUACAACACACUAAUACAUGGUCUGUGUUUGGCAGGGAAUUUGCCACAAGCUUUGUCUGUUUUCAAUCAGAUGAAUUACUGUGGCUGCAUUCCAAAUGUGACAACUUUCAGUACACUGAUUGAUGGCUUCGCAAAUUUUGGAGACUUAUCUGGUGCAUCUGAGAUAUGGAACAAGAUGAUAAGUUCAGGAUGCCGUCUUAAUGUUGUGGCGUAUACAGCCAUGGUGGAUGUGCUUUGUAGAAGUAUGAUGUUCGAUAGAGCUUGUAAGCUGAUUGAGAGAAUGCGGAUGGAAAAUUGUCCCCCAAAUACAGUUACAUACAAUGUGGUCAUUAAGCAUUUAUGCAGCAAUGGGAAAGUAGACGGGGCAAUGCAGUUUUUUGAGGAAAUGAAACAGUAUGGAUGUGCAUGUAAUGUUACAACCUACAAUGUACUAGUGGAUGGUUUUCUCAAAGUUAAAAAUUUCAGGGCAGCGUUUGAGCUUCUUAUGGAUAUGGAGGAAAAGGGUUAUUUGACUUCAGUGACUUUUAAUACCAUCAUAGAUGGCCUUUUUCAUGCAGCUUUGGUUGAGAUGGCACUGUUGUUUGUUGGGAAAAUGAUGGUCAAGGGAAUAAAACCUGACACUUACACGUUGAACAUACUAAUCAAUGGUUAUUGCAAGUGUGGUAAGGUAGAAUCUGCAAUCAAACUGGUGGAUACCAUGAGGGCUAUUAGGUGGCAGCCUAAUUUAAUUGCAUACACCAGUCUUAUCUGCGGGAUAUGUGAGUCUAUUGAUGUGGAAUCAGCCUGUAUGUAUCUCCAAAGGAUGACACAUGAAGGGAUGUCUCCUAAUAUUGCUAUCUGGAACGUUUUGGUGAGGCGGUUAUUUUGUGAAAAGGGAUUCAAGGCAUCUGUAACCUAUCUUAAUGUAGUAAUGGAUUAUGCUUUGUCAAAGGAAAGUCAGCUGGUGAAGCCUAACAUCUACAAAGAUGUAUGCAAAUUUGGAGGUCGCCUCAUUGUCAUUUCUGUAUAG